CUUACUUGAAUUAAAUUCUCACAAUCCGAGCCGAAACUUCUCAUCAACUGAUUAAAAAUCUAUAUUCCAAAUCCAAAUUUUGUUGAAUUGAUUCUUCUCAAUGAUAUCAAGAGAUCAUCAUCACCAUCAGGAUCCUUUGGAUACAACAGCCAAUUCAAACCACAUGAAACCCUUCAUCGUCGCGCCUUCAUCAAUAACGUUGUCGCAAUCGUCGUGGCUGGAGGUCCGUUUGUUCUACGUCCGCAUCUCCCCGUGCGUCGUUGACAACGUCCCUGACUUUCUCACCCUCCGUCACCCUCGCCGCGAAACCGGCGCUACCCUCGAGGUUAACGGCGUCCGCAUUCCUUCCUCCCAGACAACCUCUCUUAAACUCCGCCGUGACAAAGUCGAUCGCGAGUCUUCGGAGGUGACUUACGUUAGCACGGAGAAAAUGCGCGUCACCGGGUACGUCGAUCUGGAGGUUUACGACGAGGAAGAUAUGGUUAUGUGCGGGAAUCUAGAUAGAAUAGAGGGAGCGCCGAAGCUUGGCGUUUCGUAUCCUUCUGUUGAGGUUUAUAUAGCUGGUUGCUGUGGAGGUGUUCCAGUGAUAUUGACUAAGACGAUUCAGGCGAGUCCAAGGAGGAAGGUGGCUAGGCACGUGACGCUCGACUCUAUCCCCAAGGACGUAGAAGUUGAGAAAGAGCAUGAAGAGGUUGUUACCACUGGUGAUGGAUUCUCACAUCAACGGAAAUUACGUAUUAUGGAAGAAUCAGCAGAAGUUAAUGAUGACUAUGAUGAUGAUGAGUGUGAGAUGAAAUUGGGACAGAGUUACUACUACUACCCAGAAGGGGAAGGGAUGUACGUGGAUGAGGAUGGUCAACUCUCAUGGUUCAAUGCAGGUGUAAGAGUUGGAGUUGGGAUAGGGCUUGGGAUGUGUCUUGGUGUAGGCAUUGGAGUUGGAUUGCUCAUGCGUUCUUAUCAAGCUACUACUAGUAACCUUCGUAGGAGAGUUCGAUCUUGUUGUGGCUGCCAAAUUCUGAAGUUUGUGUGUGUUUUGGUUCCUCUUUCUAAGGCAAAGCCCCCUCAAAUUGUUUUGAAUUCAUCCCAUAAACCAAUUUUCCUCUCUGCUCUUGGAAAGUAUCUAGAAGAAGAAGACGAAGCACAUGAAAUGAGCAAGAUCCGUUCGACUGCGACAAUAUCCCAUCGUGACCACCCAUCUCCUCUCGUCGUCACACUCAACUGCGUCGAGGAUUGUAAUCUCGAGCAUGACUCACUCGUGGGCAUCGCUGGUAUCGAAUACGUCCCUCUCAGUCGUAUCGCCGAUGAGGACUCUUUGAAGCGUGAAUCUGAUACAAAGGUUCACCAUGGUAACAACAUUCAAGCCUCCUCCGCUCCAAGCAGUGUACUUGUGACGUUGUAUUGUGGAUUGAUACUCCUCAAAAGUGAUAUUUGCAUCUGUUCUGAAAGCAACGCAUCUUCUCCUGCUUUUACUUACUCAUUUCUUAUUGUCCAAAAAGCUGGUGAAAUGCUACAUGUUGCCCAAGCAUUCAUUGAAAAGAGUUACCAUCCCACAGUCAUAUGCCGAGCUUAUAAUAAGGCUCUGGAGGAUGCCAUCGCUGUUCUUGACAAGAUUGCCAUGUCAAUCCAUGUUAAUGACCUACUAGACAGCUACAAGAUUAAAAAGGUGAGCUUCACAGGAAGUAAAAAAAUGGAAUCCUCUUUCUUCAGCCGUGUAAGGUUAGGAAUCAGUGAUGCUGCGCUAUGGAACUUGACGGUGAAGGCUUAUCUGGAUAUGGGUUUUUUAAAGAAGAUGCUGGCGAGACCUGUCUUCUCAAUUUCAGACAAGGGAAGAGUAGUUAGUUGGGCAUGGGCUUUUCUUGUAAACACUGGAAGCUGCCAGCUGCUGGAUGAAACUAUAGCUGUGAAACAACUUGUGAUUGAUGGCACUAUCUAUAGAGCUGGCUGCGCUCUUGAAGGUCCUCAAUGA